AUGGCUGCUGAGAAGGUGACUACAAUGGUCCUAAAGGUUGAUCUCCAAUGUCCCAUGUGUUACAAAGACACCAAGAAAGCUCUCUGCAAAUUUCCCCAAGUUAGAGACCAAAUCUAUGACGAGAAGGCCAACACGGUUACAAUCAAGGUCUUGUGCUGCAGCCCGGAAAAAAUCCGGGACAAAUUGUGUUGCAAAGGUGGAAAGGCCAUCAAGAGCAUCACAAUCGUAGAGUCGGGCAAGCCCAAUGGGCCCGAUAAGCCCAAGGAAGCAGCUGAGAAGCCCAAAGAAAAAGAGAAGCCCAAUGGGCCCGAGAAGCCCAAGGUACUCAUAGUCGAGCAGCCCAAUCAUGCCGGAAAUAAGCCCAAGAACGGCGAGAAGCCCAAAGAUGCCGGAAAGCCCAAGAACGGCGAAAAGCCCAAAGAUGCUGGAAAGCCCAACGACACGGAGAAGUCCAAGCCCAAUGGUAAGCCCGACAAGCCCAAGGAAGCUCCAAAGCCCGAGCCCACCAAAAUCCUCGGGCCCAUUGAGCAAAUGAGGGGGCCUGAGCCGGGCCCGGUGCAGGGGGUCCCGUCGGUUUUCCCUUAUGUCGGGCCGAGCUAUGCGGGCCCAUAUGGAUUUACGGGCCCGGCCCAACCGAUAUACCAUGAAGGUUUCUACGAUUACGGGCAUAUGAAGGGCUACGAGUGCGGGUACGGGUACGGGUACGGGUACGGGUCGGGUCGGGCUGCCAAUGGGAACAAAUGUGAGAGUGAAUAUAGUGAUGAAGAAAAUCAGCUUUGCUCCAUCAUGUGA